UAAACCGGUUCGGGAUCCUCUCACCGACCCGCCAAACACGUCAGAAACUAAGAAGGAAACGCUUUUACCCUCUCUUCUUCUGCUUCUUCCAAAUCGUCUUUGUAGAUUGGAUCUGCUGAGUAGGGUGGUGCAAUGUCUCGCUACGAGUCUCCUUCCUUUAACGACGGCGAGGUUAAUCCUUUUGCGAAUCCUUCAACUGUUCCUGCUGCAACGUCACAGUAUGACCGUGGUGGUGCCACAAUUGAUAUCCCUCUAGACUCUGGGAAGGAUCUGAAAGCUAAGGAGAAGGAACUCCAGGCCAAAGAAACUGAAUUGAAGAGACGGGAGCAGGAACUUAAGCGGAAAGAGGAUGCUAUAGCACAGGCCGGGAUUGUGAUAGAAGACAAAAACUGGCCACCUUUUUUCCCUCUCAUCCACCAUGACAUCUCUAAUGAGAUACCCAUCCAUCUGCAGAGAAUCCAAUAUGUUGCAUUCACAUCGUUGCUGGGUCUUGUGGUGUGCCUGUUAUGGAACAUUGUAGCAGUCACCACUGCGUGGAUUAAGGGAGAAGGUCCAACGAUAUGGUUUCUAGCUAUUAUCUAUUUCAUAUCGGGGGUUCCUGGAGCAUAUGUUAUGUGGUAUCGACCUCUAUAUCGUGCCAUGAGGACUGAUAGUGCUCUGAAAUUUGGGUGGUUUUUCUUCACUUAUCUGUUUCACAUAGCGUUUUGUGUAUUCGCCGCGGUGGCUCCUCCAAUCAUCUUCAAGGGGAAAUCGCUGACGGGAAUAUUGCCGGCGAUUGACGUGUUGAGCGGGAAUAUAUUGGUUGGGAUAUUCUAUUUCAUUGGGUUUGGAUUCUUCUGCCUGGAGUCACUCGUGAGCAUCUGGGUUAUUCAGCAAGUGUACAUGUACUUCAGGGGGAGCGGUAAAGCAGCAGAGAUGAAGCAGGAGGCAACAAGACGAGCAAUGAUGGCAGCUCUCUGACCACACACCUUUGAGUCUUAACCCUGAAGAUAACAUACAAACAGAUCCUUUCCUUUUUCAAUCUUUUUUUUAACUUUAUUUAACUAAGCGGGGUUUAUUGGCUGUUGUAUUUUAAUGGAUUUGAAAAUCCGAACUAAAUUCUAACCAAAACUUUUGAUUUCUUUUUUAACCGUAUUCUGAUUACUUUA